AUGGAGGUGCAGACGUACACAGACGGAUAUGAUUAUGAUGAUCCCGAUGAUAACGAAAUAGAAUAUAUCUGUAAAGUGAAUCUCAACCGUGAUAUGGAGAUAGUCAUUCAGACCUACGUCCAUUCCUUCAUCUGUGCAUUCGGUCUCUGUGGCAAUGCGUUGGUGAUUGUCACAUAUGCCUUCUACAAGAAAGCCAAGACCAUGACGGACAUGUACCUUCUGAACGUGGCGGUGGCAGAUCUGCUGUUCAUAGUGGCCCUGCCGCUCAUCAUCUACAAUGAACAGCAUGACUGGAGCAUGGGCUCAGCGGUCUGCAAGGCCCUGCGAGGAGCCUACAGCAUCAACCUGUACAGUGGCAUGCUUCUGCUGGCGUGCAUCAGUGGAGACCGCUACAUCUCCAUCGUCCAGGCCAGGCGCUCCUUCGGCCUCCGCUCCCGGACCCUGAUCUACAGCCGCCUCAUCUGCACAGCCAUCUGGGCUCUGGCCGUAGCCCUGUCCAUCCCCACAGUCAUCUAUAACGAGCGGGUUGAGGAGACCAACUGGUUGGGAGAGACUAUAACUGUGUGCCAGGAGCAGUUCAAAAGUAACGAGAGCGCCCGGCUGAUGAAGGUGUUGGUACCCAGCCUGCAGGUGGCCAUGGGGUUCUUCCUGCCCCUCCUGGUCAUGGUCCUCUGCUAUGCCAGCAUCAUCUUGACCCUGCUGAGGGCCCACAGCACCCAGAGGCACAAGGCAAUGCGUGUGGUCAUAGCCGUGGUGGUGGUCUUCAUCAUGUGCCACCUGCCCUACAACGUAGCCCUGCUCUACCACACAGUGGCGCUGUUCAAGGAGAGGGAGUGUAAGAAGGAGAAGGUCAUCCUCACCACCCUCACCAUCACCAGGAGCGUGGCCUACCUCCACUGCUGCCUUAACCCCAUCCUGUACGCCUUCAUCGGAGUCAAGUUCAGGAACCACUUCAGGAAGAUCCUGGAGGACCUGUGGUGCCUGGGCAGGAAGUACAUCUACCCCUCGGGUCGCUCCUCACGCAUGACCUCUGACCUCUAUAUCCCAGCUCACAGGUCCACUGACGGAUCCAACAACGAGAAUGGCUCCUCAUUCACCAUGUGAAGAUGGGAGUAGGUAGAGAUUGCCUCCAACUACCAUGGGUGAUGAUAACAUGGUUAGUCAGGGACUACAGUAGUGACUGUUAUAUUCAGUAUGAGCGUUUGUUUGAUGCUGUAGCUACAGUACAUGGUAUUUGUCAUAUUGAAUACUGAUCAUUAUGUAUUGAAAUUGCUCUAAUGUCCAAUGUGUAUUUACAAAACUAUUGAAUUAUUCCUCUGUGCUUAACAAUGCCAAUUUGUUUCACAGCAUGAUACUGCUAUUUGUCCAAAUAUAGCCAAGAAUGACUCAAACAUAAAAACAAUAGAAUAAAGAUUAACUGAAUGCAAUCUAAUAGAAUGCAAUGAUGCUAUGUGUCUUUAAAUGAAAUGUAUUUGUCUGUGACAGAUCUCAUCUCUCUUUAAAAAAUUCUAACAUACAAAUAAGCAUUCACUAGUUCCAUGGGAUGUUUUGCAUAAACCAGACUUUCAGUAAA